UCUGUGUAUCCACCCACUGUCUUAAUUUUUAUUGCAUUCUUUUUUCCUCCUUUUAGGUGCACAUUUGCAAAAAAAUAAAAAUAAAAAUGGAAAAAUAUUUUGCCCUCACUCUCUUUCUAAAGGGUGUCCAAUGGUAGAAUGGCUUAGUUUUUCCCAAUUGAUGUAAAACUACUUUUUAUAAAAGAAAACUCCUUUAAGUGAUAUCUGGUUACCUCACAAUGAAAUGUCCUUUAAAAAUAACUGGCUACGUUCCUUCUGUUUGGCCAUAGCUAUUGGAUUCAAGGUCUUUCUAAUGACUGACACUAACAAGUUAGCGUAAGGAGUUAAUAGCUAAUAAGCAUUAGUCCAUUCAUGUGUUCUGUAAGAUCGAUCUACAACUCAUUCACUUCAUUUUUGCAUUAAGAACUCCUUUAGCCUCCCAGCAAAACCAAUCAAAAUAUCAGGUGUAAGUUCUCUGAACCUUUGAAGCAUUUACCAAACAUACAAAAUGGCUGUGCUGCCGGUAAGGUUCACUAAAACAAAGAGGGAUAAACUGGCCCAGGUUCUGUGGGUGUUGAACUGGGUCUCUGUUGUAACAGGGAUCAUCCUCUUUAGUUUAGGCAUUUUCCUGAAAGUGGAGAUCAACAAACGCCAAGAUCUAAUGGCCGAACGUCAACAUCAGUCUGUACCAAACAUGCUUAUUGCUGUGGGACUUAUAGCCUGCGGAAUCAACUUUUUAGGAGGAAAGAUCUGCUAUGACUGUGUAGACACCACCAAGUUCUUGCGCUGGAAGUUGGUGAUGCUCCCGUACAUUAUUUGUACAUUUUUCUUCACACUGAGCAUGCUUGUGGGGGCCAUAAUGUGCUAUAGCAUGCAUGGACAGCUUGAGGAAUCCCUCGCACUGGGGCUACGUGAUGCUAUGCGCUACUACAAGGACACAGACACGCCAGGUCGCUGCUUCUUGAAACGCACGGUAGACCUGCUGCAGAUCCAGUUCCAGUGCUGUGGAAAUGAGGGCCAUAGAGACUGGUUCCAGAUCCAGUGGAUCAGCAACCGUUAUCUGGACAUGUCUCGACAGGAAGUGGCAGACCGUCUACGCAGCAAUGUGGAUGGAAAAUACUUAAUGGACGGUGUUCCCUUCAGUUGCUGCAAUGUCAACUCUCCUCGGCCAUGCAUUCAGUACCAAAUCACUAAUAACUCUGCCUACUUUAAUUACGACUACCAGACAGAGGAACUCAACCUGUGGAUGAGGGGUUGUCGUCAGGCUCUGCUAGAUCACUACACCAACAUCAUGCACUCAAUUGGCCUAACAGUUCUUAUCAUCUGGCUCUUUGAGCUCUCUGUGCUUACGGGGGUCCGUUACCUCCAGACUGCCCUAGAGAAUGUGCUGAGACAGGGGGACCCCGAAUGCGAGUCUGACGGUUGGCUCCUCGAGAACAGCUUUGUGGAGACUGCUCGCUCUAAUUUCAACAUCAUCAAAAACCUGGGCAAGUUCAACCAGAUCAACACAGCCAGUAAUGGCGAUCCAAACAUCGACAGACCAUCUACAGCGCACUAUGGUCCAGACAAUGUGCCUCCAAAGUCUCUUCCCAUGGACAGUUAGCCUUAGGCCAGAAUGUGCCUUUUGAUUUUUUAAUCAGAAGUAUUACACAAGCCACAGAGGGCUGGACUGUGAUGCUAUACUGUAUCAGUGCAUGAGUAUUGUUCUAACUGCUAACUGAAAAAUUAGAUGGCAUUAAAUUGUACAGCGAGAACAGAGAGAGAGCGAUAACAACAUAAUCUGAAUUCUGUUUUAAUGUGAAGUGAAAGAACUGAAUUAAAAAAAUGGAAUCGAGUAAUGUUUUAACAUGCAAAGGAGGGCUUACAGUCUACAGUGGAAAGCAACAUGAGGCCUUGAAGGUCUUGCACAAUACUAAACUCUUAAACUGUUGACAUAAAGUCAACGUGACUUGCCAUUUGCAACCCAUUUUACUUAUGUACUGUGACAUAUUUCCGAGUGAAACAGGAUAUAAUAAAAAAAUUUAGAGUGUGGCUUGACUUUAUCCACCAGGAAUUGAUUAUCCUGUGAAUAGUGGGCAUUACAUAUCAGAAUGUAGCAACACCAAAUGCGAGUUUGCUAAACCAAUGCUUAAAUAGCUAUUUGGAUAUUGUUAACAUUAUCCAAUAGCCUGUAGGGCCUAGGUGAUUUUAGCAAAGAAAACAAAAAACGUACACCAAUAAAUGGUCAAAAUAAGACAAGGAAUGUGCAUUUAGAAUGUAAAUAGGGUAAAUUUUGUUUUCAUGUUGACUUUAUUAGGGAGUAUCUGAGUUUGUUUUUUAUUGGUUAAGUAGGUGCACUAAGAAACAUAAUUUCCAUUAAAUCAAAAUAUUCUAUUUAUAUUCAUAUAUUCAAUAUGAAAAAACAAGACAUAAAGAAUUUAACUGUCAUGUCUUGGUCUUGUGCCUACACUCAGACAUUGUAAUCAGUACACUGGUGAAAACAUGAUAUCAACUAAAUCGUAUUUUUAAAAGGCUCAAAGUUCUCCCAUGCCAUUAUCCCAUUAUCGUGGAUAUAUAAUGAUAAUAAAUGCAACAGGGAAAACUGAUGAACAAAUAAAGACUUUUGAGU